AUGGGAUUGACUACUAAACCUUUAUCUUUAAAAGUUAACGCCGCUUUGUUCGACGUCGACGGUACCAUCAUCAUCUCUCAACCAGCCAUCGCUGCAUUCUGGAGGGACUUCGGUAAGGACAAGCCUUAUUUCGAUGCCGAGCAUGUUAUCCAAGUCUCACAUGGCUGGAGAACUUACGAUGCCAUUGCUAAGUUUGCUCCGGACUUUGCCAAUGAAGAGUAUGUUAACAAACUAGAAGCUGAAAUUCCGGUCAAGUACGGUGAAAAGUCCAUUGAAGUUCCAGGUGCAGUCAAGCUGUGCAAUGCUUUGAACGCUCUACCAAAAGAAAAAUGGGCUGUGGCAACUUCUGGUACCCGUGAUAUGGCUCAAAAAUGGUUUGAACAUCUAGGAAUCAGGAGACCAAAGUAUUUCAUUACCGCUAAUGAUGUCAAACAAGGUAAACCUCAUCCAGAACCAUAUUUGAAAGGUAGAAAUGGCCUAGGAUAUCCAAUCAAUGAACAAGAUCCUUCCAAAUCCAAGGUGGUAGUUUUUGAAGACGCCCCAGCAGGUAUUGCCGCCGGUAAGGCCGCCGGUUGUAAGAUCAUUGGUAUUGCCACUACUUUCGAUUUAGACUUCCUAAAGGAAAAAGGUUGUGACAUCAUUGUUAAGAACCAUGAAUCCAUCAGAGUUGGCGGUUACGAUGCCGAAACGGAUGAAGUUGAAUUUAUAUUUGAUGACUACUUGUAUGCUAAGGACGAUCUUUUGAAAUGGUAA